AUGACCGAAGUACUUCAUAUCAACAUUGACGGCGACCUCGACAUCGAUGCCGAUGUCCGAAACCCACUUUUCCCGUCAGCCUCAAUAGCAAAAGCUCCGGCAAGCUCGACGCUGCUGAGAACGAUGGUGUCAUCAUCCUUGAAAUCAAGUGUCACCUCAACGUACUCCUCCAUCGCCGGCGAAGAUGCGCCACUGAAGGAAUUCACAGAAACGUUAUUUGAACCCCAUCGACUGUUCUUUCAUUUUCAAUUCUCUCUCCCUCUCUCCCUCCUUUCUUCUGUAAUUUACUCUCAAAAAGUAUUUGUUUUUGGGUUCUUAGCCCAAAAGAACCCAAAAACAAAUACUAUAGCAGUCACAAUGGAGCAGAAUGGCAAUUUGCCAGCCUUCAACUCGAAGUUCACUUUAUAUAUGGGAGUCUGUUGGAUUAUUGCAGCCUUUGGAGGGCUCAUGUUUGGUUAUGAUAUUGGAAUUUCAGGAGGGGUGACCGCAAUGGACGAUUUCUUGUUGAAAUUCUUCCCAGAAGUCUAUGAAAGGAAACUCCAUGCAAAAGAGGACAACUACUGCAAAUAUGACAACCAACUUCUCCAACUUUUUACUUCUUCUUUGUAUCUUGCUGCUCUCUUUGCUAGCUUUGUUGCAUCGAAGUUGUGCACUGUUAUCGGCCGCCAGUGGACGAUUCGAUUGGCGUCGCUGUUGUUCAUUGCAGGAGCUGCCUUGACGGCAGGAGGUGUCAACCUUAUUAUGUUGAUCUUUGGGAGAAUCUGUUUUGGCAUUGGUGUUGGCUUUGGUAAUGAGGCAGUGCCCCUAUUCUUGUCCGAAGUUGCUCCAUCUAACCAUCGAGGUGCCGUGAACAUUCUAUUCCAGCUCUUCGUGACAAUUGGGAUAUUGAUAGCAAACAUAGUUAACUACUUUACAUCAAAGAUGCAUCCAAACGGUUGGAGGUUAUCCUUAGCUAUUGCGGCUGUACCGGGUUUAGCUCUAUUCUUGGGUUCUUUCGUUAUUACUGAAACUCCCACAAGCCUUAUAGAGAGGAAGAAGUAUGAGAAAGGGAAAACAGUACUUAAGAAGAUCAGGGGUGUGAAUGAUGUUGAUGCUGAGUUUGAUCAAAUUGUAAGUGCAAGUGAGAUGGCCCAACAAGUGAAGCACCCCUUCAAGAAGCUCAUGAAGUUGUCAAGCAUGCCACCACUUAUCAUAGCCAUCUUUUUGCAAGUCUUUCAACAAUUCACAGGGAUUAAUGCUAUAAUGUUCUAUGCCCCAGUCCUGUUUCAAACAGUUGGGUUGGGGAAUGAUGCUGCAUUAUUAUCAGCAGUCAUCACUGGGCUUGUGAAUGUGAUAAGUACAUUGGUCUCAAUUUUGCUUGUUGAUAAAGUUGGGAGAAGGGUAUUGCUUCUUGAAGCUUGUGUUCAGAUGUUCAUCACACAGAGUGUAAUUGGGGCAAUUCUACAAGUACAUUUGAAGAGCCAUGGCAAUACACUUGGGCAUGGACAAGCAAUUGUGGUGGUAUUGCUGGUGUGUAUUUAUGUGAUGGGUUUUGCAUGGUCAUGGGGUCCUCUUGGUUGGUUGAUCCCUAGUGAAACCUUCCCAAUGGAGACAAGGACUGCAGGUUUUGCAUUUGCAGUGAGCUCAAACAUGCUUUUCACUUUCCUGAUUGCUCAAGCAUUCUUGUCAAUGCUUUGUCACAUGAAAGCUAUGAUUUUCUUCUUCUUUGCUGCAUGGAUUGUUAUCAUGGGGCUAUUUGCACUCUUCUUGUUGCCAGAGACAAAGAAUGUACCCAUUGAUCUCAUGGUUGAGAGGGUCUGGAAGCAACACAGAGUUUGGAAAAAAUUCAUGAAUGAUGACCACCAAAAUCGCUUUGAAGCAGGAAGAUGAAGAUAAUCAAGAUCCAAUUAAUAGACUAGAUUCUGCUCAUCCUUUCUCAACCCACAUUCAUUGAGAGACCUUAUUUAAAAUCCAAGAGAAUUCUAAGAGUUGCUUUUGGCAGCAAAGUGCAAGCAUGGUAGGAGCUUUUCUCCCCCUGCCAUGUGAUGGGUUGUUGAUGGUCUGGCUUUUUUUUUUUUUUUUUUUUUUUUUUUUUGGGUUAAUGUUAGGUGAU